UGUCCUAUUUGAUUGGGGGAAGGCCGGAGGGGGUCCCUGCCUUCAUGUUCAAACCCUCCCAUUUUUUACCGUGCCCCUAAUGUUUACUCUUAUUUUCAAAAAUAAAAUAAAAUUGGACACUGAAUAACCUCUAAUGACCUAUAACUAUACUUCUUGCAUAUCAAACGAAAGCUAGGAACCUAGGGAAUACAGUAGCAGCAAGGAAUCCAGUGUUUGAUAUUUUAAUGGCCUCUAACGACUUCCAAGAACCUCUAACAACCUCUAAUGAACUCCAAAUUAAAAAAAAAUUAACUAUAGCUUUACGCAUAUCAAAUAGAACAUCUCCGCCAUCCCCUUUUAUUAUUAUUAUUAUUAAAAAAAAAUUUACGCGUAUUUUUCAAGCCAACGGUUAAGAUUUAUGUUCACUAUAAAUGCAAUAAAAUGGUGGGAAAAUGUAAAUAUACCUUAAAAGUAAGCGUUCCAAUAAAAUCUUCUCCAACCCUCCACUGAAGGUGUCUGUUCCAGGGACGGAACAAGAGGAAAAUAUUGAACUCUCUUGAGCUUUCAGCGUUCCUGAAAAAAAUUGAAAUAUUUCCAAGAACAAGUAACUAUAAUAUUGUUUGUGAUGAUGUUAGGUAUACUUUCCCAAUGGAUUUUUCCCAAAAGGCAAUUUCCCAAAAGGCAAUUUCCCAAGUGGCAACUUCCCAAGGGUAUUUUCCCAAGUGGCAACUUCUGAAAUGUGCAAUUUCUUAAGCGGCAUGAUAGGAACGAGAUGAGCAAAGCUAACGAGAUGUUGAAGACCGGGCAGGUACCCAUGGAUGUCAAUGCCAUGCCCGGGCUAGUGGAGGACGUGUCUGAUGUCGAGGACCUAGAGGGAGAAGGCGGAGUAAAUGCCCUGCAGACUGGAGAUGCGUGUUAUUUUUGCAAGAAAACUGGUCAUCAGAAGAGGGAAUGCCGGAAGUUCGAGGAAUGGAAAAAGAAAGACCCUCUUAGGAAACCUGGGGGAAACACGGGAAACCCUCGUAGUUCUAAUUCCCGCCCCCCCAUCUCAUGUUAUAAUUGCGGGAAGGAGGGACAUAUUUCGCGGGAAUGCAGGGGAGAAUGGCGGAACCAGGGGAGGAGAGGAAAUGGCGGAUAUGGAGGCGGACAGAUGGCGGAUAUGGCUAAA